CGUGACCAUCGCAAUUGUCAAUGUGAUCCCGGCUUCUCAGGCCCGGAUAUCGACGCACUGGGAUUCCACGAGUUCAUUCACCACCCGCGCAGAACGGUCGAGUCGGAGCGUCUUGUCACUGCAGGACCAGAGCAUCAUCCGCGGGAACCACUCAGCACAUCAGCAGAGCGUGAGCAGAGACACAAUGGGCGCCGGUAGCUCCAAGACCCAAGAGACGGCGGGCUCGCACGUUUUCUCGAGUUCCUCGCCCAUCCAAUUCUCCGCCGGUCUCGUCGACAACCUCCAGGCCAGCACCGAGACCGACUCGUCCCGCGCCAAGUCGAUCGAGCUCCAGAUUCAAGCCCGUGUAGCCCAGGAACUCGAACGCCUGCGUGCACGCGAACAACAGACCCUCGCCGAGAUCGAGAAGCGGAUCGCAGAGGCCAAGGAUACCAAGGCACCUUCCUCCUCUUCUUCUCCUUCGUCGACUACUUCUUCUUCAACUACAAGCUACCCGGCCGGUUCUCUCGAUUUAGAUGCCCCCCGCAUACCCUUCGCAGGCAGGGACUCCACCCCUUCUUCAUCCUUCUUCUCCGCCGAACAACCCACUGCCGAACCUGCCUCGACGCCCAUCGUCAACCGUGACAUCUCGCGCGACUCGGUGAUGAGCGAGAUCGACCAGUUGCGCUCCAAGCUCGAGGGCCGCAGAAAACUCACCGAGCUGGAUGAAGGGGUCGCCCGCGCCAAGAACCAGGUCGUCUCCUGUCUCCGUCUGCAUGACAGACGGCCCCUCGAUUGCUGGAAGGAGGUCGAGGACUUUAAGCGCGAGGUUUCUCGUUUGGAAGAGGCUUUUGUCGACCGUGUGGUGGGAUAAUAGACAACUGCUUGGAAAGAGUUUGAUAUGUAUUGUAUUGAUCUU